CUGAUUUUUGCGUCGGUUCGGCGAGUCAUGCUUUUUCUUCCGGUCCAUGUAGACCGCUGUUUCAGUAUCUGCGGGAUCCACGGUGAAGAUGGUAGAUGAAACUGUUGACAGAGAUGAAUCUUCUAAUGUCGCCAUUAUUAGAGAGGUGUAUGAUAGCGAGAAUGCACACGAAACAUUUGAAUACGAGUUAGAAAGAGCGUUAGAGUCAGAAUGCAGUUUAAUUGUCAUCGAACCAUCAAAAUUGGGUGACGAAACCUCUAGAUGGAUAGCGGUAGGAAAUUGUCUUCACAAGACUGCUGCAUUGUCAGGUCUUGGUGCAAUUAUUACAGGAUUAAUCUGGGGUGAUCGGCCAUAUAUCUGUGGUCCACUAGGUUUUACAGCAGUUAUAACCUGUGGCUUAUACACAGUUUCUUGGCAAUUUGAUCCCUGCUGUCAGUAUCAAGUAGAAACUGACACCAGCAAAUUACCACAUGUAGAGCUAUUAGCUGUUCUAGGUCCAUCGUCUCCGACAUUUCUUGUAAGAAAAGAUGAUAGAAGGAGACGAAUUCUUCACACCACUAUUACAUUGGCAGCACUCAGCAUUACCGCUUGGAGAGUAUACCAGGCGUUCAAGUGAGAAAGUUAUCACUGGCAUUGGUUAUACAUUAUGCCAGAGAAAACAAUAAGGUGAAUAUUGAUUAUGUGAUCUGAUUAAAUCGCAUAAACGCAAUUAACGGGAAAGCCAGGUUUUAUAAUCUUGAUUACAUUGGCAUGUCAUUUCCUUACGAUUUUACACUGUCAUUCCUUGGUUGCCACCUAGGCUAAAUUAUACAGAGAUUACAAAAUCGCCAACACAUCGUAUGCAUACAAUGGAGAUAAAAAACAAUAUUUGACAUAAGUGUUCUUAGAAUUAUGAAAUUUACAAUAUAUUUAGCAAUGUGUAAUUUUUAGAUUGUAAAUAAAAUAUACAUAGGUAGAGAAAGAAUAUAAUACAUAUGGAAUGUCAAGGGUUAUAUUAUCUAGAUUUUCUUACCCAGCAGAACAAUUUAUAUACAUAUAUUUAUAUAUAUAUAUGUAUAAAUAACAAUAUUGAAAUAAUACAUUAACUGAAAAAAACCCAAUUGAUAUAACUUUAUAAACAUUGAUUAUUUUAUAUAUUAACCGUACAUAUAUAUAUAUAUAAUAUUCUAUAUAUAUAUAUAGAAUAAGAUAUUUUUUUCAUUACAAAUGCGCGUACAAAAAACUUUAUCGUUUGCAGUAGUCUCAAAGAAAAAGUCGAUGUUGCAAACAUUCCUGUAAAUGUUUAAUUAUAAUAAAAACCAAUCUCUUGUACAUUGCAACUUGCGAGAUCUUUAAAUGACAAAAGAUUCAUGGGUAUAUAGACGAAAUGUAUAUUGUCUUAAGAGCUCAAAAUGUGGAAAGUGUACAUAGUGUCCUUAACAUUGCUGCAAAAAUCACGCAGGUCAAAUUUAGUAUGAUAAACAAGUUUUAGAAUAUCAUUAUAUUGUUAUGUACCGAAUAUAAAGCACAAAGAGAAACGAAAGUUGUAAGAUUAAUAUUUGAAAAUUUAUUUGGAUGUAUACACAUUAAAUGCAGAAAUCUCUGUUGAAGGCUCUCUCUUUGUUUUUACAAAAUACAUUAAAAUUCAUCACCUUAUAAGAAAUAUAAAACUAAUUUUAAUUACAUUGAAUAGAAUGAUAAACAUAUAGAUGUGCUAUCCAUUACUUGAAAGUUAUACACUUAAUAUAUGUAUGUUUUUAAAUAUUUCAAUCUUCGUGAGAAUUAUAUUUUAUAUUGUUACAUAAAGAAUAAUAAAUAGCGAAAUAUUAAUUACAUUUGUGUAAUUUGUGUUAUUAAGAUUUUUUCUAUAGUUUAAUAUCAAGAGAUGGAUAGCACAUUUGCCAUUUAAGCAUUUCAAUGUGAGUUUUGGUUACAUUUUUAUAGCAUAAUAAAAUGUAUAUAAUGUAAAGAUAUUCCACUUUAGUCAGAGAGUGACUACAACAAAAAUAAAAUAUACUUUUGAAUA